AUGACCCUAGGAGAUGGAAUUAGGCGGAACAUCGCCCACGUUGACCCCUCCGAACGCGCUCUCCUGCGCGACGCGAUCAAGGAGCUUAACCGGCGGUUCUAUCCAGGCUCUUCUAGUGAGACGCCGCCAGGAGGAGUUAGCUGGUGGUUCAAACAAGACGAGAUCCAUCAAUCCACCCAUGUCCAUGGUGGUCCCGAGUUCCUGCCAUGGCAUCGAGAGCUCGCCAACCGCUUUGAGGCCCUCCUCCGCGAGAUCAACCCUCAGUUGUCACUACACUACUGGGAUUUCAAGGAAGACCCUCGCAGCAUCCCCAAUGGGAACCUGGGGGCCGGGACUCGCGGUCCUGUUAACCUCUUCGACGCUGACUUUAUGGGGUCUCCAGAGGGUUCGAUAGGAGAGCCUUGGCUUUCGGCAGGGUUUUACGAUCCGCAAGCCGGUACCCCUGGCCAUCCAAGAGAUCGAGAAACCAGUCUGAACCCGGCUGACCCUCCGAGGAAUGUGACGCGGCCCAACACCUACGGGGGACCACCGCCGAGGCCAUUCAUGACGGCGGCUGAGGAGACCCGUGUCCUCGGUCUUCAGAACUUUGGCCCAGCAAUCGCCCAGAACGACGAGAGGGAUGCCAGUUUCCGGAGCAUCAAGGCCAACUUUUUCCGAACAGCCUGGGAAGACAUCCACAACAGGGCACAUGUAUACUUCGCCAAUAUCAGCCCACACGACGCCUUCCGUGACCCGUUCGUCUUCCUUGUUCAUUCAAACGUCGACCGGGUCUUCGCCACGUGGCAGUGCGAUCCGGCGCAUCCAGAACGACUAGAUCCAGCAACCGUUUACGGGGCUGAGUCUGACAUGGCCGUCAACGUCAAUGCGGUAGGAGUCACCUCGGUCCAGAACCUGGCCAACCAAGUUGAGCCCUGGAGUACUGGCCACGGCCAAUUCCACGACAUCCGCCCCUGGGAGCCAAUCCAUGAAAAUCAGGGCUUUCCGCACGACUACCAUCACAUCUCUGUCGUCGCGCCGCCGUGCUACGAUACGUUGCCGACAGUCGCGCGCGUUAUCGAGACAGAGAAUCCCGGUAGCGACAUCAACUUCAACGAUGUCCCUCAGGGCGAGACCGCGUCCCGUGCCGCCGCCUUCGAGAUAUUCGCCUGCGGCAUAGUCACACUAAAGGUGAAGACGGGACCUACGGCCCCGUAUACUGUCAUGAGUCCCCCAGGGGACACCGUUAUCGUGAAUGGUAAUCAGCAUCGGCCGCAGGUGGCGCGAAUCUGGUUCCAGUUUACUGGUUCUGCUCCUGGGGCAGCACCUAACGGAUCCGUGACGAUCGCCUGCGUCGAGACCGGGGAGGAGUUUGUCUUCACCAUUCAUGGAAAUACCAUACCACGGCCAACAACCGCAGUGAUGCUCGUCCUCGAUCAGUCGGGCAGCAUGGGCUGGCUUGCCGGCACUGACGCCACCACCAAGCGGAUCGACGUUCUGCAUCGAGCCGCAGCAAACUUUUGUCAACUUGUGCAGGCCAACAACGCUGUGGGCAUGGUGAGCUUCGACCAGACAGCCUAUGAGGGGUUUGAUGUAGCCACACUCACCGGCCAGCCGACGGAUCCGAGAUUGGGUAUCAUGGUCGACGCCAUCGAGAGCCUGAAGCCUCAGGGUGCAACAUCGAUCGGGAAUGGCAUCGUGCUGGGCAGGACCAAGCUCAACGCAGUGAGCGGGUUUGCGAACAAGGCAAUGGUUGUGUUCACCGACGGGCUAGAGAACACCCCCUCUUUCAUCGCGGACGUCAGCACCAGCCUGAACGCGCAGACCUUCGCCAUUGGUCUCGGCACAGCCCAACAGGUCAGCGCCGCAGCGCUCAACGCGAUCACGAGCCAGACCGGCGGCUAUCUUCUACUCAGCGGACCGCUCAGCCCUUCCAUCGACGAUUAUUUCCGUCUCCAGAAGUACUUCAUGCAGGUGCUGGCCGGCGUCACUAACAAUAGCAUCGUGACCGACCCGAACGGGACAAUCUUCCCAGGCAUGAAAGUCCGCAUACCCUUCCAAUUGACCGAAGGGGAUAUCGAUGCUACCACGAUCCUCUUGACUGACACCCGUGGCAUCAAUUUCUACAUUGAAACGCCCUUGGGGAAGGUGAUGACGCCCGGGUCGGCUAGCGGCCUCGGGGCGACGUUUGGGCUCGGUACGAACAUGAGCUACUACCGAUUUACGCUCCCGUUAGCCGUUGGCGGGACGCCUGCCCGGGCGGGCACGUGGCACGCCGUCCUCCAGGUGAAUGAUGACGGCGAAGGGCCCCGCGACGAACCAUCCGUUGUCUCGGCUGAGGGAGAGGGCGAGAGCAAGAGCGCUCGGGCGAGCGCCAGUCGCGGAAUCCGUUACAGUUUCAGCGUCCAGUCGUUCACGAACAUCCGGAUGAAAGCCCGUCUCGAGCAGAACCACCUUGAACCCGGGGCCACACUCGCCAUCUCGGCGACGCUGACAGAGUACGGCCUCCCAGUAUCCCACCGUGCCAGAGUGGGCGCGGUUGUGGAGCAGCCGGAUGGCGGCCGGAUGGCUCAUACCAUGUCGGAGGUCGAGCCGGGCCGAUUCCUGGCAACCGCCACGGCGAGCGUGCCCGGUGUGUACCGCGUCCGCGUGCUGGCCUCCGGCGUCACGAUGCGCGGGCUUCCGUUCACGCGCGAGCAUCUGCUGUCUGCCACGGCAAUUCCCGGUGGCAACAGCUCGCCGCCGACGAGUGGCCCAUCCACCGGGAGGCGGGACGAAGAUCUGUGCAGGCUUAUGGAGUGUCUUCUGGGCCCGAAUUCGCUGGGUCGGAUCCUCCAGAAAAAUGAUGUCGAUCCCAAGGUCGUGCUGCGUUGCGUCAAGAAUUACUGCAAGGCUAGAUUCGCGGGCCCGACGGAGGAGGAACUUGCUGACCGCGAGGGGACCGCUUAA